AUGCCUCCCGGUAUCAUUCCAGAUGGCAUGGUACAAGAUCUUCUCGAUUUUAUCCGCGAAGCAGUUCCUGUUUUCUAUGAAGCAAGCAUUGAACUGUUGGCAUUAAUCUUCGAAAAUGACCCUGCUACAUCAGAUGUAGCUAAUUCUCAUGGCCGCUGGAUACACAUCAAUCUUAUGCGACAACUCUUGCCAUUAGGAGACGAAGAGAGACAAGAAUGGAUAAUUGAGCUAUUCAGCGGCAAGAAAUACACUGUAGAAUCCUUCGCGGAGACAAUGAUCAAAAGCGGAAUCUGGACAGAAUCCGAAGACGAAAAUGGAUUUACUUUCUGUUCCAUGAAUCGACAAAAAGAAGUGAAUUUUCGCAAAUGGCUUUUACAACCUAGAAUCCAGGAGAUUUAUAACGGUGAAGUAAAGGAAUGCCUGCCUCUGAUCGCGAAGAAAAGCGUGGAGGGAUCCGAUUACGUACCAAAGAAGGGCUCCAAGUCGAAAUACAAAAUCGUCACUCCAGAUUGGCAAAAGGAAUUCAUCGAAACCAAGAAACAGCUCGCACAAUCCCAAUCCCUCGUUGAAAGCCUACAAGAAACGGUACAAAUAGCGAAUAACAUCAUAGAUGAACAAGGCACCGUCAUCGAUAAUACAAGGCAGCAAUUGAAAGUGGCACGUACGGCUAAUGCAAGGUCAGAAAAAGUGUGGAUGAAGAGAUAUAAGAAGUUCUUCAAACGUUCUUGGAACUAG